UUGUUGAAAUACAAACUUUUAUAAAAUCUGAUAAAUCCGUACAUUGCACAGGACCAUAAAGAUUUGGAUCAAGUCAAAUCAAGUCGAAUUAAAUUUAAGUGAAAAAUCAUUCUGAUUAUUAUUUUGAUUUGUGUCCAGUAACAUUAUUACUCCGUAGUAGCAUUUGUUAUCAUUCUAAUACACUUAAUUAUUACUCUGUAGUAACAUUUAUUGUCAUCUCAGAUUAAAAUGUGGACCGGAUUAAGUUUGGGUAUUGUGUGUUAAAAAAAAAAAAAGUUUGGGUAUUGUGAUUCCCUUAUAAAAUUGAUCCAUAUUCACUUAAACCUAAAACAGAGGAAUACGAAAGCUAAAGUACAAUUCAAAAAUAAAAAAAAUGGAGGGUUUUUUCUCCAAAAUAGAAAGAAAAUAUUCAGACAUUCUAUUCUAUCAAAUCACAUAAUCAUGAUAAUAUAAGUAGGUUGAGUAGAGUCGAGUCCCUAGAAAUUCCACCCAAUUUCAAAUUCAAACGGUCCAAUUCCGUACUUACACUCUCCCUCCUUUCCUUCCUUUUAGGCUUUUACAGUUUAUCUUCUCUUCAUCAUCUUCAUUGCUGUUCUUACACUUUCAAUUUUUCAAACCCCCUCAAAAAAAAAAAAAAAAAAAUGGAAAUUAAAACUCCUGUAAAAGAAGCAGAGAACAGAAAAAAGAGUGUUGAUUUGAAAAAGGAGAAAUCAGUAAUUGCAAAGAAGGAUUUGAAACUUGCUUUAGUCGCAAAAAGACUGUCUAUGCUUCAAGAUGGUCAUCAAACUGAAAUUCAACCUAUAUUACCUCUACAGAAUCAAGAACAAAGUGAAAGCACCAAGCCAUCUAAGGACAUGGACACUAGUGAUCAUACACUAUUUGAAGACAAUGUUAAUGUAAUGUCCAAGUCUUCGAAAAUUCGAACAAAAAUUGAAAGCCACAAGCGAGCAAGGGACAUUAGUGAUGAUGACGAGUCCUCGAAAAAUAGAGAACUUGUGGUUUGGGUUCCGCAACAAAAGAAAGAAAGAGCUAAAAAGAAGAGGGUCAAAACCAAUGACUUAUCACAUGACAAAAAUGCCAAGGCUAGUGAAAUUUCAAUAACACAAAAAUUUCGAAGGAGUGACUUAAGUGAUCCUUUACCAUCGGGUGACAAGUCGUCUUCUUUGAAGCGAGCAGAAGAGAUCCAAGCAAAUUUACCAGAUGAAUAUCCUAGCUUUGUCAAGUUGAUGUUGAAAUCACAUGUUUCUGGGGGAUUUUGGUUGGGUCUGCCGAAAAAAUUUUGUGAUAAGCAUCUCCCUGUAUGUGACAGUAAUGUAGUGUUGGUGGAUGAAGCUGGUAAGAAAUCCAGCACCAAAUAUUUAGCUGCGAAAGUAGGUCUCAGUGGCGGAUGGAGGGGGUUUUCCAUUGAUCAUGGCUUGCUUGAGGGCGAUGUACUGGUUUUCCAAUUGAUUGCCCCAACAAAAUUUCAGAUUUAUGUUGUAAGAGGACAAACUUUUGGUGAAGUUGAUGGAUCUAUAGGGCUCCUAACCUUGGAUCCUGGGGUAGGACAACAGAUAUCAGAGGGCAAUAGCCAGAAGGUCUUACAAACAGAAGAAGACAACAACACUUCCUCUGGCUACCUGUCCCAAAGCAACAGUGAUAUUGAGUCAGGACCUGAAGUACUCGAAGGAAUUCAAUUCUCAGAUUCUGACAUCAAAUUCGAAGGAGUGGAGGCUUUUGAGGACUUCCACAUUGUUAUCGACGACCUCAUUAUGGACUCCAAAUUCUCUACCAAUACUCUAAAGAAGUACUACGAGCUCUGCCACAGCCAAAGUUCGUUUCUGCAUGAGAAUUUCCUUAAGGGCCUGAACUGUAAUCUGGUGGUUGGGAUCAUAGCAGAGACUAUCAACAUUGCAGAUGCCAUCAAAUCCUGCAAGAAGGCCUCUACUUCUCAUGAAGAUCUUCGGGUUUGGGAGAAAACAUUGAAGGGAUUCGAGAUGCUAGGCAUGAAAGUCGAUUUCUUGGUUACUCACAUUAACCAACUACUAGGCAUUGCUGUGGAAUCUGACACAGCUGAUGAAUCAAAUAAGCUGAAAGAAAGUAUCAUUAAGCGAGCUUUAGCCGAAGAGAGAAUGAAAUUGCUUGAGAAUAAACUCACACAGCUGAAAGACUCAAUGCAGAAGAUCAACUUCGAGAUGGAUGCUGAGAUAAAGAUGUCAAGUGCAUUGAAACAGGAAGCCAGGAUCAAGGAAAUUAUUGCUAUUUAACCACUUGAUUUGCAUCAGCUUCUCUUUUUGUCCCCGAAUUUGUAAACAGUCUAUUUUGUAGGGCAGUUUCUGUAUGAUUUGUUGGCCAUGUAUAUUUUUGGGGAGUGGAAAACUUUUGUAUAGUUGAAACCUUAAAAUCACAGAUGACAUUUAGGGAACGAUUCUGAUUGCUGAUCAUGGAAUCGAAAUGUACGUAUGGUUAAAUGUUGAUGAUAUUAUUGGCCAGUAGAUUAUUAGGCCUUUCUCUAUUGUUAGCAAAGUCCUCUGAGCAUACCACCAAGU